AUGCAGAAAGCAGCUUUGGCGUAUCGUAUAAAAAUGAUCACGCUGGUGGCCACUAUGUGCUCUGUGGUGGAGCAUUUGCUGAGCAUGUUGGGUAUUAUCUAUUAUGUAAACGCGUGUCCAGCCAUGCCGGGACAUCCCAUUCAGAGUUUCCUCUACUCAAAUUGGUCGCAGUUUUUUGUUUACUUCGACUACACCAACCUGGCGGGCAUCUUUGGCAAAGUCUUGAAUGUGAUAUCGACAUUCGCGUGGAAUUUCAAUGAUAUCUUCGUGAUGGCGGUGAGCGUGGCGCUGUCGGCACGUUUUCGCCAACUCAACGAACAUAUGUUGCGUGCUGCCAAGCGGCCAACCACGCAGAAAUUUUGGAUGGAAAGUCGCAUAAAUUAUCGCAAUUUAUGUAAACUAUGCGAAGCUACAGAUGACACCAUUUCCGUUAUUACGCUAUUAUGUUUUUCCAACAACUUAUUUUUUAUAUGCGGAAAAAUUCUUAAGAGCCUACAAAAGGGCUCCUGCUUUUAUUUGCCUACCGACUGCAAAGCAGGUCUUAUUGACAUGAGCUAUUCAUUAUGUUUCACUUGGUAUCCAGCCAGACAUUGUCGUUGGUGGUUGUGCUGGACACAAGAUAGGGAAAGUCCUCACUACUUCCAAGUUAUAACUGCCAACAGCAACGUGUGUCCCAAUAUGCGAGAUGUACAGAUACCCGCAGCUGCACUAAACAAUUNCUUGAUGCGCACACUAAUGCUUUCGUUGUACAGCGCCGAAAUUAAUGAUGAAUCGCGACGGCCGCUGGUGGUUUUUCGUGGUAUUUCGAGUGAAUAUUGGUGCCCUGAGUUAAAAAGACUAAGCAAGGUCAUUCAACUAAAGCUAUUUAUAGGGUGUUUGAUUAUUUGCUUUUUCGGAAAACGGUAG